AUGGAGAAGGCCCUUUAUGCCAACCCAUGCCAGCAGAACCUCUGGGGAAGGAAGGACUGUGCCCUUGCCCUACAGGGUGAGAUAGUGGAGCUGCUCCUUCGGCUUUAUGGAGCUCGGGGAGCCUGGAGGCACGGGAUAGCUUCGGCCCCGGUGGAGCUGGCAGCAGCUAAAAGCUCAGGCUGCAAUGCUGAUAAUGCCUGUGCCCAUGUUCCUGGGGAAACUAAAAAUAGUGUGUUCGUUGUAUCAAAAUCUGUACACAUAUUCGGGCAGACGUACAGAAACCGAGGGUAUGUGAGCCUCCAUCCUCUUUUUCCCUCCUUUCUGACAGGGAGCUGGAGGAGGACGCUGGACCAGAGCCCAGGAUGGAGUGACGCUGCGAGUGCCCAUUGCUUGCUACCAGCUCUGCUGCAGCCACAAGACCAGUCAGGAGCUGGCUGCUCAUCGAGGCAGGACAGAAGUCUUUCCUUGCUUCACCAUGAUGGGACCCAGUUCCGUUUCUGGGUGGCUUUUGCUCUCCAGUGCUGUCAUCAGCAGUGUCCCAGUGCAACCCAAGGUUUCCUGCUGGGAAUGUCUCAUUUUCCGUGGCUGAGAGCCUUGCUGUUGUGGGCGUUGAUUUGGUCGUUGCACAGAGGAAGAGAGGUGGAAGCAGCAGGAUUUGAUGUUGGCUGCAACAGUUUGGGAACCAGAUGUGGCUAUGAACUGGACUCCAAAAAGCAAAAGCAAAACAAAAAACCUUGGUAGCAUCCAGAAACAGACCUCAGGGAAGAGGUCAACACAAGUGGCUGGGAAGGUCCCAGGUGAAAAUCCCCCUGCAGCAACCACUAAACAAACCUUAUUUAGACUGAGACCAUGGUGGCCUCCUUCCUUUUAUCUUCUUAUUGUGGCUGUCAGCCUGAGACACUACCUUAAUCAUGUUUUUCAAGUGGGAGAGCCAAGGAAGGAGUGUUACCAUGUUACCACACAGUUCAUGUGGCUUAAAUGAGAGCUGCUAUGGGUGUUCUGGCACAGAGCUUCCAGACAGAAAGCAUGGCAUUUUUUUCUGUGACAUACAGGGGAAAAAAAAAAAAAUCAGGGAAAAAAAAGUGCUUUGGCUGCUUAAAUUGAAUGUAAACAAAAACAUACAGACAGA